AUGUUGCGAUGGCUGAUCGGGGGAGGCCGAGAACCACAGGGACUGGCCGAGAAAUCUCCUUUACAGACAAUAGGUGAAGAACAAACCCGGAACCCCUACACUGAACUGCUUGUACUGAAAGCUCAUCAUGACAUUGUACGGUAUCUGGUACGGUUAGAUGACUACAGAUUUGCAUCUGCUGGUGAUGAUGGAAUUGUAGUUGUGUGGAAUGCCCAGACAGGAGAAAAACUUUUGGAAUUCAGUGGACACACUCAAAAGAUAACAGCUAUUAUUACAUUGCCUUGUUUGGAAACUUGUGAAGAAAAAAAUCAACUGAUCUUGACGGCCUCUGCUGAUAGAACAGUUAUUAUAUCCUUAAAUCUAGAACCAAGUGAAAUAGCUGAAUGGGAUUGUGAUACUGGUAGACAAGUUCAGAAAGUAUCAUGCUUCCAGUCUACUGUAAAGUGUUUAGCUGUUCUUCAGAGACUAGACGUUUGGCUCUCUGGUGGGAAUGACCUGUGUGUGUGGAACCGAAAAUUAGAUCUUCUGUGUAAGACAAGUCACCUUUCUGAUACAGGGAUCAGUGCUUUGAUUGAAAUACCUAAGAACUGUGUUGUGGCAGCAGUUGGCAAAGAACUGAUAAUUUUCAGGUUGGUAGCGCCCACAGAGGGAUCACUGGGAUGGGAUAUUCUUGAAGUUAAGCGCCUCCUUGAUCACCAAGACAAUAUUCUCUCACUGCUUAAUGUCGAUGAUGUGAGUUUUGUAUCUGGCUCCCAUGUCGGGGAACUCAUCGUCUGGGACACCCUGGGCUGGACCGUGCAGGCCUGCGAACGCAACUUCUGGGACCCAUCUCCGCAGCUGGAUGCUCAGCGGGAAAUAAAACUCUGUCAAAAGCCAAAUGACGUUUCUAUCCAUCAUCUCACAUGGGAUGAAGAGAAUGUAUUUGUUGCAGUUGGAAGGGGUUUAUACGUGUAUAACCUUCAGAUGAAGCGUGUGAUUGCCUGCCAGAAAACUGCUCAUGACUCCAGUGUCCUGCACGUUGUGAAACUCCCAAACAGGCAGGUUAUUUCAUGCUCAGAAGAUGGCAGUGUACGCAUUUGGGAGCUACGAGAAAAACAGCAGCUUUCCGUGGAGCCAGUGCCAACGGGUUUUUUUAACAUGUGGGGAUUUGGAAGAGUAAAUAAACAAGCCAGCCAUCCUGUUAAAAAGCAACAAGAAAAUGCCACUUCCUGUUCACUAGAGCUUAUUGGAGAUUUAAUUGGACACUCAUCAUCUGUGGAGAUGUUUCUGUACUUUGAAGACCAUGGACUAGUGACUUGUUCUGCUGAUCACCUCAUUAUUCUCUGGAAAAAUGGAGAACGAGAAUCCGGAUUACGCAGUUUAAAGUUAUUUCAAAAAUUAGAGGAGAAUGGUGACUUGUAUCUGUCUGUCUAG